GUAGACUUCUUUGAUGAGGGUUACAAGAGAGCCGCAGAUGACCGAAACAAAGACGAGACCCGACCCGAUCCAAACCGAAUAUAUAUUCGGGUCGGUUCGGGUUUGUACGAAAACCGACCCCGACCCAACAAAUUUACACCCCUCUUUUUAGUCUGAAGUUGAUCCAUUUUGCCUUACCCCUCGAGUCUUUAUACUUGUCAGUUGAAAGACAUGAAAGACCAACCUGAGUUACUGAUUCUGUAUGCAACUCAAACUGGCAAUGCACAAGAUGCUGCAGAGAGGCUUGGCCGUGAAGCCGAGCAUAGAGGUUGUUCUGUGAGGCUUCUUUCAAUGGAUGAAUAUGAUGCUAGUUCUUUACCUCAUGAAGAUGCUAUAAUUUUUGUUGUCUCUACCACAGGCCAGGGUGAAACACCAGAUUCCAUGAGGGUCUUUUGGAGGUCCCUUUUACAAAGAAGUUUAAGUCAAUAUUGGCUUGAAGGAGUACCUUAUGCUGUAUUUGGAUUAGGUGAUUCUGGUUAUCAAAAAUAUAAUUUUGUUGCAAAGAAGCUGGACAAGAGACUUUCUGAUCUGGGAGCAAGAGCUAUUCUGGAAAGAGGGUUGGGUGAUGAUCAGCACCCUUCAGGGUAUGAGGCUGCUCUAGAUCCUUGGAUGUUAUCAUUGUGGAGGUCAUUGAAUGAUAUUACUCCAAUGUUCUUUCCAAAAGGCAUUGAUUUUGCAUUUUCAAGUGACACAUUAAUUGAUCAACCAAGCAUUCAUGUUAUAUAUCACGAUGUGGGCAAGUUGGAUACACAAUUAACCUCAGAUUUGAAGCGGAUGGAGAUACAAAUUGAGAGUGCUCGCUUGAUGUCUCCUGGAAAAUGUUCCCUUGGCAAGAAAAAACCUGAUUGCUUUCUUAAUAUGAUAAAAAAUCAGCAUUUGUGUAAAGUAGGCUCCGGAAAGGAUGUGCGCCACUUUGAAUUUGAAUUUGUUUCUUCUGUAAUAGAAUAUGAAGUUGGUGACGUCCUCGAGGUUCUUCCUAGUCAGAAUCCUGCUGCUGUAGAUGCUUUCAUACAACAUUGCAAUUUGGACCCCGAGUCGUUUAUCACUGUUUCUCCAAGAAAUGGACGGCAGCAGGAUCCUGUCCUAAAUGCCAAAAUGGUCCCUACCAAAUUGAAAACUUUCAUUGAAUUGACAAUGGAUGUUGCCUCAGCUUCUCCUCGACGCUACUUUUUUGAGGUUAUGAGUUACUAUGCGACAGCUCCACAUGAAAAGGAUAGACUUCAAUAUUUUGCCUCACCUGAAGGAAGAGAUGAUUUAUAUCAGUACAAUCAAAAGGAAAGAAGAAACGUUCUCGAGGUAUUACAAGAUUUUCCUUCUGUCAAAAUGCCAUUUGAUUGGUUGGUGCAGUUGGUUCCUCCAUUGAAAACAAGAGCAUUCUCCAUAUCUUCUUCCCGUUUAGCUCACCCAAAUCAGGUGCACUUAACUGUAAAUGUAGUAUCUUGGACGACACCAUAUAAAAGGAACCGCUCGGGUCUUUGCUCAAGUUGGCUUGCCGAACUCGAUCCUAGACAAUGUGUUUAUGUCCCAGUAUGGUUCCGUAAGGGUUAUCUUCCCGCCCCGUCCCCAUCCCUUCCCAUAGUUCUUGUUGGACCUGGAACAGGGUGUGCACCCUUCAGAGGAUUCGUAGAGGAAAGGUCCAUGGAAAACCACUCUAUGUUAACUGCUCCAAUUUUGUUCUUCUUUGGCUGUCGCAAUGAGGAUAAUGACUUUUUAUAUCGAGAUUUUUGGUUAUCGAAUUCAACAAAUUCCAGAGUACUUUCUGAGGAGAAAGGUGGGGGCUUUUACGUAGCUUUCUCCCGAGAUCAACCACAAAAGGUUUACGUACAACAUAAGAUGGUGGAACAUAGUGAAAGAAUUUGGAGCAUGCUUAGCACGGGUGCGGCUGUAUAUGUUGCAGGUUCUUCAACAAAGAUGCCUUCGGAUGUAUGGUCAAGUUUUGAGGAAAUUAUAUCGAAAGAAACUCAGCUUCCACGGGAAUAUGCUGUAAGGUGGCUAAGGGCAUUGGAGAAGGCUGGUAAGUACCAUGUUGAAGCUUGGUCUUGACCUUGCUUGUCUAUUGUUUAAUAUAUAUAUUUUCCUUUUGCUCUUCCCUUCCCAUUGUUCACUUUGAAAUGGUCACAUCAUGAGGAAAUUUUAUUUUUAGGGAUUGUAAACAUUAUUACUUCGAGUACAUAAUUUAAUUAUUGUUCCAAUAGGAGACUUGCUUAGCAUGCAUUUGUGUUAGGUAAAUUAUCUUUUGGUACAUGACGAUUGGGUAA